AUGACGUCUAGUGUUAGGAUUGUGUUGGGUACGUACGCUUUUAUGUUGCCGAAGCAGGACCGGAAGAAGCGUCAGGUGAUAAGUGACCCAUCGACUCAUGAAUGGAUAUGUUUACUAAGGAGUCGUGAUGUGCACGAAGAUUUGGGUCAUAUUCUGAAGAAAGUUGUCAUUACAUUACAUCCGUCGUUUGCGCAACCCGUGCGUGUGAUUGAGAGACAACAUGAGUCCAACCUUUCUAUGCGAGAUCCAACCACCACCACCACAAGGGAGUCUACCACCACAAGGGAGACUACUACCACAAGGGAGACUACUACUACCACCAUCACCACAAGGGACGCCCUGGAACCCCAAUAUUUUCAGGUCGAAGAAGUCGGUUGGGGAGAGUUUGAGAUCGCUUGUAAACUCCACUUUAUUGACCCCGAUGAAAGACCCGUUGAGCUCAAACAUUAUCUCAGACUCUACCCAGAAGGCACCGCAGACAUCACCGCUAUUCCUCCACCCGACCAUUACC